ACUAUUCUGGGUACGACCGCUACAACCAUUAUGCGCUAAAGGCAGUUGUUCUGCAACGUUUGUGCAUUGAGCGCGUCUAAAUUGAGGAUACGACUACUAUCCAGCUGUGUGCUGUCUCUAAAUACUGCCGGUCAUUGACAUUAUACGGCAGUUAUUUUCGGAGUCGCCUGGAGGCAUAUGAGGUAACUCUUUCAGUCGAAAGAGUAUAUAAAGGCCACGUUGGAAGGCGUUACUACGGAAAAAAUACCACCACAACAAGAAGCAACAACUUUAUUCUACGGCGAGGAAACCCCACAAGAAGAAGUUUGAAAAUGGUGGCUGCAGCUGAGAAGAACUUCAAAUCCUGCGUUUUUUCUACGGUAGCUUUUGUAGCUAUCUUAGGCGCUCUUGUGCCAUACGCUCUUGUAAGGGUACAAUUCAUAGUGAAAGAAGAAAUCUUCAUAGCCGCUCCGCCCGAAGAAGUGUUCGCCUUUCUGAGCGGCGUCCGAUUGCUCGACCUAGUACAUCCGUACAGAAUCGAAGCCCGUGACAUCCAACAUUUCAGCGAUGUGGAGUUGAACUACACCAGUGUAGAGAGGGUGGACUAUGUAAAGGGGGUCUACUCCACGAUAUAUGCCUUUCCUGUGUGGGUACAGUUUGCAAAAAUCAACAACGGAUACCAAGUGCGCUCGACCUAUGACGUCCUAAACGGAACCCUCAUUGCACGACAGGCAUUCACCAUCACAACCGCAGAGCAUGCCGGUCGUAACGGAACUUUGCUCACAGACAAAAAUCUGAUGGAAUGUCCUUGGAUUUAUUCUUACGCCACAUUUUGGAAAGCCAAAGAGGCACAUAAGGACAUCCUCGAAGGAAUGAAGCAGCUGCUUGAGAGAAAAAGCGUCUUCGAACUGAAUUUACCGAGUAGGUAUGUCACCGGAAGUGACGUCAUGAGUCAACACAUCCUAUGUGUUGCGAAUCAGUAAGACAUUUUGGUUAAUAUAUUGCCUGGUGAUAAAAAAUAUUGACGGAUAGAUUUUAAUUCUUUAUCAACAAAUGUGUACACGCACAUGCAUAAGAUUAUACUUCAUUUAAUUUAUGAAAUUAUGUUUUCAAGUAUGGAAUCGUCGCCAUCUUAGCCAGUAUUUCUUCCCUAAAAUACGCUACCUAUAAUACAAUAUUCUGAUAAUUUAUGAUAAUAUGUGCUGAUAUGAAUAUGGCUUAUGGGCUUAAAUGGACAACUGUAUAAGCAAUAGAGUAGAGUUGUAGAAGAAAUAGAAGUGAUAUAAAGUAUUUUAUUAUCAUUAACUCUAGAUGCUGAAUUGA